CGGCUAGAAGGGAAGCAGUGCUUGCCAGGUCAGUCCUCUGCAACGCAGCCUCUUUUGACAGGCAUGGCCCUUUCGGUGUUGGUGGUCCUGCUCCUGGCUGUACUGUAUGAAGGCAUCAAGGUUGGCAAAGUCAAGCUGGUCCACCAGGCUCUGGUGAGCCUGCCCACCUCCGCCAGCCAGCAGAACAUCGCUGAGACAGACCUGGAUUCUGCAGGCACAGAUUCACCCCCAGUCAGCAGAACCCGCCUCAGGUGGGUUUUGUGUCACCUUGGCCAGUCGUUAAUCCACGUAGCUCAGGUGGUCAUCGGCUACUUCAUGAUGCUGGCUGUAAUGUCCUACAACACGUGGAUCUUCCUCGGUGUGGUCCUGGGCUCUGCUGUGGGCUACUACCUAGUCUACCCAUUUCUCAGCACAGUUUAGCUGAGGAGGGAUGUGCAGGCACUGAUGCUUGAGGGAACUGGGACCUCUUCUUCCAGAUACUGAGUGCAGCUGCGUUUUCUUAUGGCUGUUCCUCACCUAGUUCCCAGACCCUGGAAACUUUGAGCUGAAGCCAGCACUUGUUCCCUGGAGUUCAGAGGCCAUUGCAGCCACCUUCCUCCUCAGCCAGCCUGCACAGGGCCCAGGCCGAGUCUUGUGCCUUAAGAAGGCUGCUGUGACCAAAGGGAGAAUGGAGAGAACAGAACCUGUGGGUGGGGUUGCUGAGCCCAUGACAGUACAUCUCUGUGAGUCAAAACUUAAUAAUUUCCAAAGAUCUUCAAGACAGGGAGAUGGGUUCUGAGUGAUGAAGGGCAUGGAACCUGAUACCCUCUGCUCUCCUGCUUUGUGCCUUAUCUACAAGAGCAUCUUCCAUUUGACUUCCUGACCUCUUCUGCCUUUGGGAGACAGAAACCAAACUAGCUCCCUUUUCUCACCUUUCUGCCUUUGGAACACAUGAAGAUAGUCUCUACUACGGAUCAUGUUGACAAAGAUUUUUCAUUUUUCCCACUGAACUCCUGGUUGGCAAUUUUGCAUAUUCAUACAAAACAAAAUUUUAAAUGAAAUGAUUUCAUUUUAUUCAUGAGGGAUGGCAACAUCUGCUGAGACCUGUUUGCCUUUCUUGUGGGGAGAAUAAGUGACACCUGAGUAAAGGCAGAGGGGAAGGAUUGUUAUCAAACCUUCUGGCUUGUCUGGAUAGACUGAGCUCCUCCCAUCAGAUGGCAUUGCCUGCAGGAGGAAGAUCAUCUAAUAGCUUUGGGUGUCUGGGAAGCUCUUCAUGGCCUUAAUGUCUCCUCUUAUCCUGAUCCUCCUUUUUUGUAGAACAGAAAACUGCACUUAAUACUAUUCAAUACUUAGUAUUCUCUAUUUAUUACUGCUCACUCCUAAUGAUCUAGUGGAGAAACUGAUUCAUUCACUUAAAAUACUGGGUAAGCCACGCUUGUCAUGCAAUAAGCAGUCAAACCAAAGCCAUGAACAGUUUUAGAGUUAGAUGGGACUCUCCAAAUAGUUGAGCCUCUUCACUUUAUGAAAAAAGGAAACAAAGAUCCAGGGAGAGAAAACCACUGCUGUAUACUGAGAUAUCUAUGCUCA